CAGCAAGGACUGAAAACUCUUAUCACUGCUAAUCAACAAAAUCGGUAGCAGUUAGGACGCAUGUCAGUCUCACAGAUUCAAGAAGAGAUAAAGAAGCAGCGCAGCCAUAAGGCAGCAGAUUCAAUGGAAGCAGGAUCAUCAAUGCUACAGACACAACCAGGGAUAGGUUUUAAUGGACAUUGUUCAUUUGGUCAGAUGAAUAGUUUUUUGCAACUAGUGGCCCUGUUUUUCAGUCGACUGGCUUCUCAUCUCCAGCAGCUACAUUGAACCAACAAAGUAACUUAAUCAGCACAAGUAAUUCUACCGAUCAAGUAAGCCUGUUUGGACAGAGCAAUGUCCCAGCGAUGACUGGAAAUGUUUUUUAGAAUACUUUAAGUGCCAGCAAUCAGCAAACUGGAAUGACCAGUUUUCCUUUAACUAGCCAAUCCGCGACUAUGUUUAGUACAAACUUAAACCAAUCAGCCACUUCAAAUACUGGCUUCUUUGGAGUAAAAACUGAAUCAAAACCUGGAGUGUUUGGUUCUGUACCUUUACAGACAGUGACUGGGGUUUUUCCGAGUGAAUCCCAAGUACAGAAAGACAAUGGAUCAAGCAGCUCAAUGAGAUCUACUCCAGAAGCCACCUCAUCAAUGGAACAGUCAACACCUGUACCUUUGACUUGUAGUGAAGAAGAUAUGCAGGCCUUCAGGGCGGACAGUUUUGUGCUUGGAAAGAUACCUGAGUGUCCACCACCAUUAGAAUUUUGUUAACAGCUUUGAUCCUUGAAAGGCUGAGAGAGUCUUGGCAGCGAAUAUCUUGUAAAAUUUAACUUGAAUUCUUCAUUUCUUCAUUUUCUAUUCCUGUCAAUUCGGCUUCACCUUCCUAAACCGUCGUUGUUCGCUAUUUUUCUACUCCGGACUUUAUUGUUACGUUGGGUCGCAGUGACGGUAAAACUAGCUGCAGACCUCAACACCCUUUUACGAAAGGCACCAAGGACUCUCGGUCUGUC